AUGUCGCAAGACGAGUACGAAAUCUUUAAGCUUGGGGACUGGGAGCUUCAGAGCGGGGAGAAGAUUAUCGAUGCUCACGUCGCAUACAAGACCUUCGGCGACCCCAAGUCCCCAGCAAUCGUUUAUCCAUCAUGGUUCUCAGGUGCUAUUUCUGAUAACUUCUGGCUAAUCGGGGAAGACAAAACGUUGAACCCGAAAGAGUUCUUCAUCAUCAUUCCGGCGCUCUUUGGAAACGGACAGUCAUCAUCUCCCUCGAACCAGCCCUUCCGCAGACCUUUCCCCAGAGUUUCAUUCUAUGAUAAUGUGCGUGCUCAGCAUGAGCUUGUGACCAAGCACUUCGGCAUCACCCAUCUCCGAGCGGUUAUUGGUUGGUCUAUGGGCGGGGGUCAGACCUUCCAAUGGGCAACACAGUACCCCGAUUUCAUGGACCUUGCCAUUCCGUUCUGUGGGUCUGCGAAAACCUCCUUGCACAACAAGGUGUUCAUCGAGGGCGUUAAGUGCGCGCUGCUCGCGGUCAAAAAUACUCGAUCGGCCGGAUCUGGAGAGGGAGGGGUACGCGAGGAAGGCUUCUCCACGGUUCGGAUCUGGUCUGACCGAGACAGAGAAGUCGGGCUGAAAGCCAUGGGUCGAGUCUAUGCUGGAUGGGGAUUCAGCCAGGCUUUUUAUCGCGAGAAGUUGUAUGAAACUGUGCUUGGUUACAGGGAUCUCGAGGAUUUCAUGCAGAAUUUCUGGGAGAAGUGGGCUUGCUCAAAGGAUCCCGAAAACUUGCUGGUGAUGAUGCAAACUUGGCAGAAUGGCGAUGUAUCCCUACAGGAGCCUUAUAAUGGGGACUUUGAGAAGACAAUGGCCUCUAUCAAAGCCAAAACCCUUGUCCUGCCUGCCAAGACCGAUCUCUAUUUCCCUCCCGAAGACUCAGAAUACGAAGUCGCUUGUAUGAAGCCGGGUAUUGGGAAGCUCGCUAUCUUCCCUUCCAUUUGGGGACAUUGGGCUGGAGGACCUGGUGAUAGUAAAGAGGAUGUCGCAUGGUUGGACAAGCAGCUAUCGGCAUUCUUUGAAGAGAAUAAGCCUGAUGUUGUCUCUUCGCUGGGCGAGAAGCUUCGAGAGACGCUCUGA